CAGUAAGUGGCGGUAAUACACCAUUAAGUUGUUUGCCAACCGACAAAAAACAACACAAGAAGAAGAAGCUUCCCAUGUGAGCACACGGGCCAGUUGCAAUCUUAGAUGCCGGUCUGAACAGUUCUCAUGGCAGCAGACAGGCUCAAUUUCAGCAACAUGACAGCUCUUGCCCCCAUGGUCCGUGUGGGGACCCUACCGAUGAGGCUGUUGGCUCUGGACUACGGAGCUGAUGUGGUUUACUGUGAGGAGCUGAUAGACAUCAAAAUGGCCCAGUGUCAGAGGAUUGUGAAUGAUGUUCUUGGAACUGUGGACUUUGUGGCUCCAGAUGAGCGUGUAAUGUUCCGGACUUGUGAGAGGGAAAAGGACAGAGUUGUCUUCCAGAUGGGAACUGCUGACCCUGACAGAGCGUUAAUGGUGGCCCAGCUUGUGGAGAAGGAUGUGGCUGCCGUUGAUGUGAACAUGGGCUGUCCAAAGGAAUACUCGACUAAGGGUGGAAUGGGUGCUGCUCUUCUAUCAGAUCCAGAAAAAAUUGAAGCUAUCCUUAAAAAGCUUGUGACAGGGGUCUCAAUACCAGUAACGUGUAAAAUCCGGAUUCUGCCUUCGCUGAAGGAGACGGUCAGUCUGGUCCAGCGGAUCGAAAAGUCUGGCAUCACUGCUAUUGCUGUUCACGGCAGGUUUAAAGACGAGCGUCCCAGACAUCCUGUCCACUGCGAUUACAUUCAGGCUGUCGCACAGGCAGUUUCAAUCCCAGUGAUUGCAAAGUAA